AAAUCUUAUUAUAAGUUUAACUUGUUUUUUGUGCAAUAGCUAUAACUAAACAUUAGUGGUAACUAAAGUCAAUAAUAUUCCUUGUCUAUUACUCUAUUCUCAGAAAAUAGUUUGUUAAAAAUACUUUUACAUUAAAAGUUUUAAAUUUAUAAGAUGGACAGAUUUUAUUGGCUGCAGAAAAUGGAUGCAAAUGAAAGAAAUGUCCAUAGUCAGAGCAAUGUCCGAAUAUAUGAUGGAGAUGAAAUGACAACAUUUGAUAGUGGUGAGUUAACUUUAACAAACCUAAAACUUAUUUGGAAAGAUUCAGUUCAAAAGGAAAGAACAUUAGCUCUUGAUUUAUCUUUGGUUCAAAAGAUUGAUGUUGAGAGUGCUUCAUUGUUUAAAAGUUCGAAGGUGCUGGUUCAUCUUAGUUCUGUUUUAACAAAUAAACCUGAUGGACCAAAGCAAAAAAGUCAACACAACUAUAUUAAACUGUCAUUUCGUUCUGGUGGAAAUGAACAGUUUAUAAAAGCUUUUAAGAAUGUAUUAUGUUCAAAAGAUUGGGAAAUAAUAAAUGCAGCAAUAGAUAAACCGAAAGAACCAGUUGAAAUUUCUCAUCGACAUGUAGGUAUUGUAGGUAUUGAACGCAAAAUCCAUGAGAAGCACAAUAAAACUGAUGAAACAGUUGCACAAGCAUUUAAAGAUCUUGACAUGUUGAUUGAAAAGGCAAAGGACAUGGUUGCAAUUGCUGACAAGUUUUCAAAAAAACUACAAGAAAAAGAAAUUAGCAUAACAGAUGAUGAGACUGUUGCAUUUAAAUCAUAUUUACUUAGUAUGGGAAUUGAAAAUCCAGUGACUAGAGAAUCUCAUGGUUCUGGUGUUCGAUAUCAUAUGGAGCUAGCUAAACAACUGGCUACAUUUUUACAAAGCAUCAUUGAAGAGUCAGGAGGAGUUAUGACCUUAUCUGAUGUCUUUUGUAGAUUUAAUCGUGCAAGGGGAAUGGAGCUUGUUUCACCUGAAGGUCUAGUUAAUGCUGCUAAAAUGAUGGAAUCCUUGAAAUUAAACAUGAAACUUCGCAAGUUUGAUAGUGGUCUUCUUGUUAUACAAUCAUUGAGUCACACAGAAGAAGAAAUAAUUGCUACUACAACAAAUAAGGUAAAAGAUGCAGGCUCUUUGACUUCAGAGGAAUUCGCUAGGUUUGUUGGAAUUUCAUUAGCAUUAGCUAAAGAAAGAUUGCUGUUAGCAGAAAAAGUUGGUCAUCUCUGCCGAGAUGAUUCUGUUGAAGGCCUUAGGUUUUUUCCAAACAAGUUUGUCAUGUUAGAAACUUAACUUAAAAUUUAGCAGCUAGUGUUAUGGAAUCAUUUCUUAACAUUGAGAAUUGAAGAAGAGUUGUGAAAAAAUCUGUGUGAAAUCUGUAAGCUUUGAUAAAAUGAUCUACAUAUACAGAGGGCUAAAAAAUAUCAACAAAAUUUUUUAUUGGUAUUUGAUUGUAUAAUUAUUUGCUUGUAAAAAUAUUUGCUUGUUGAUUAGUAUAAAUAAAGUUUGAUUAAAAUUA